UGCAGCGGACCCAAUGGGCCAGAGCCCAUUUACGUCUCUGACAGAUGUGAAACAGAUUGACAUAUCGUUUACUACAGGUAGCGGGCAAUGAGGGAGCGGUCAGUGAAGGAGCUUCACCGCCAGUGCGGUGCCGGGACUAAGGUCCGUGGUAUCUUCGCUAUUCCUUAGACUUGGUGUGGGUUGGAGCGGCGUUUCGUCGUUGCCUCAGCUGAGAGAGGACUGACAGGAAACAGACUUCCUGUGGGCUUGGAAGAGAGAGCAGGAGGAGGGAGCGGUAUACGGUCGCAGAGACACAGCACGGAGCGAGAGAGAGAGGAGUGUCCCAUACGGGGAGAAGAGAAAGGGGGAAAAUCAGCUCCGGGAGAGUGUUUCCCGCAUCGGGGAAAAGAGAAGAGGAGAGUCCCGCGCCGGGAGAGGAGGGGGAGAGAGAGAGAGUACCGCCUCGGGAGAGGGGUAGGUGGGUAGGAGAGGGAGAGCACCGCACCAGGAGGGAGAUGCAGGGGGUCCCAGCACUUUGAAGAACCGGAAGGGGUAGAGGGGCGAUUGAUGAAGACCGACUGGGCGGGAGGGAGUCCGAGGACCGGUUGGACACUUGGCACAGCCGCCCAAGCAACGUCCGGAGCCAAAGUAUCGGACCCCUGAGGAGCAGCAGUCCGUGAGUUUGUGGAUUAGGUGAGGUUGGGAACACGAAGUUUCUGGGGAGGUCUCCAAUUAUCGGAGGAUGAUAGUCGGUGUGAGCAGGAUGGGUCUCCCAGAUGGAGUGCUGCUGUCUCUGUUGCUGUUGUCGCCCCUGGUACUGCCCAUGAAAGUGUGCCAGCAUUUCCGAAGUGCUAGCCGAACCAACAACCUGGUGGUUUUGGAAUCCCGGGUGUAUUUGGGGGCAGUGAAUGCCGUGUACCAGCUGGAUCCAGGACUGCAGCUGGAGGCCCACCUGAGGACGGGACCCGAGCUGGACAGUGCCCUGUGCCAUGCCCCGCAGCUCUUCAACGUCAGUUGUGUCCAUCCGCGCAGCCUCACCGACUGCUACAACAAGUUGCUGCUGGCAGACCCCAGUCAAAGCCUGCUGGUGGUAUGUGGCUCCUUGCACCAGGGGUUCUGCCAGCUACGGGACCUGGCCAACGUCAGCCAGCAGGCAGUGCUCUUCCCUCCCCACUCCAGCACCAACCUCAUCUUCCCCAGUAUGCUGUAUGUGGCAGCCAACCACCCUCUGGCCUCCACCGUGGGCCUGGUGCUGCCGGGUUUGGACGAGAAAUCAGGCAGCCGCCUCCUGGUGGCUGCCACCUACACAGGCCUGGGCACGCGUUACUUUCCCACUAACAGCAGCCGCGAAGACCUGCGCUUCGAGAACACGCCCGAGAUUGCCAUCCGCGCCCUGGACCGGCGACAACUCUCUCGCCUCUUCACCUACGACAUCAGCGCGUCUGAGGACAACGUCUUCAAGAUCAAAGCCGAGGCCAAGGCUAGGAACCGGCUGAACUUUGUCCACGCCUUCAAUUACCGAAACUAUACCUACCUGGCAUUCAACAACGACGCUGACUCCAGUGCCAAGGGCGGCCGUGCCCGCAGCCUGCUGGCACGCAUCUGCACCGGGACUCGGGGCUCAGGGCUCACCGAAAGCCGCAAACUGACUGGGACCCGGGGCUCGGGGCUCACUGAGAGCCGCAAGCUGACAGAGUCCUACAUCCAAAUUGGGCUACACUGCAGCUCGGGCCCCACCCUCUACGGACGUUUGCUAUCAGUGUGGCCAGGCCCAGGGCCCGACCUCUACGGUCUGUUCGACAGACCCGAGGACGGCAGGCAGCUCUCUGCCCUCUGCAUCUUCAAUUUCGCCCACAUCGAGCAGAGCAUGAGGAACGCCCGCCGCAAGUGCUUCGAGGAGAAGAACAGCCAGGAUGUGACCGUGCUGGACAGCGUGAUCCAAGGAAGUGGACCGGCCUGCAUCCAGCGUAAUAUCACACUUCACGCGAAACAGCUGGAUUGUGGGGCUGCCCAUCUACAGCACCCUCUGGCCAUCAGGGACCCACUGAAAGCUGUCCCCAGACUGGAGAAGGAGGGUUUGACUGCAGUGGCUGUGUCAAAUCUGAAUAACUACACAGUGGUGUUCCUAGGCACAGCCAAUGGCCGUCUACUGAAGAUGAACCUGCAGAACUCGAAGAUAGAGGUUCUUCCAGUGGCCCCAGGGGAAGCAGUCCAUCACAUCAUGCACUUUGACCCUGAGGACGAGAACUAUUUGUAUGUGACGACUACUUACCAGGUCAGUCGGGUGAAAGUAGCCUCUUGUGACCAGUUCCAGUCCUGCCAGGAGUGUUUGGGAGCACAUGAUGCCCAUUGUGGAUGGUGCACCUUGGAGAGCCGUUGCUCUCUACAACAGGGCUGUGCCAAUUCCAAUAAGCCUUCUUUCUGGGUUAGCCUCAACUCUGGAAUAUCUGAGUGCCCAAACAUGACAAUUACCCCAUCGAAAAUCGACGUCAGCAGUGUUCCCCAAAAGGACAUUGAAAUCACCAUCAAUGGACAUGUGCCACAGCUGAUGGGCAGGGACGUUUACUGUGUUUAUAUUAAUGUGGAGAAGACCCCAGUCACCAUAAUUAAAAAUGUGUCACACUCAUCACAGAUAGUGUACUGUCCUUUCCUGCAGAAGAACAAAUACCCAGCAUUCCUGUUGGACCAAGAUCAUGCCAUUGUAACAGUUGCAGUCAAGGUGGGGAAUCGAUCAAUUGUGGCUGGGAAUUUGACCUUCUAUGAAUGUGACAGAACGGGAAAGGUUCAUGCAAACACAGCAUGUGGAAGUUGCCUGCAGAGCAAUUGGUCAUGUCACUGGUGUGUCCCUGAGCACAGAUGUGUCUCACCAACAGCCAUGUGUAGCAACAUCACAGGUGGAGUACCUAAGUUGCAGAAUUUCACAUGGUGCCCCCAGAUAUUGCCGGUUCAGGUCCAGCCAGUUCCCACUGGGAGUAUCCAAAACUUCCCUGUCUCUAUAAGUAACAGUGCAUUGCUCCAGGGCAGUAAGCUGCAGUGUGACUUUGGACACCAGGUUUGUGAGGCACGGUGGUUCAACAGUUCCCACGUACUGUGUGAGGGCGUCAAGCUGUCAACGCACAAUGCAAGCCAACGAUUUCCCAUCAGGCUGAGGCUGAAGGAAGAUUCAGAGAAGCUGAUUGACAAUCCUAGCGCCACCUCAGUGGAGGUGUACAACUGUGCAAGUGGAAGUUCAGACUGCUCAGAGUGCUGGGGACGAGAGGACCGGGGACAUCAAUGUGUCUGGUGUGAGACAACGCAGAGCUGCAAGCUGAAGAGUGAGUGCAGGCAGAUUGUGGACAACUGUCCUGCCCCUGAGAUCCACAGGAUAGAGCCAGUCACUGGCCCUCUGCGCGGUGGGACACGCCUAACAAUCAAAGGCAGAAACCUGGGCCGCAGGUUCAGUGACAUCGCUGGUGGUGUUUGGAUUGGUGCCACUGCAUGUAUCCCUCGUCAGGAGGGUUAUGUGGUCUCAGCACAGAUUGUGUGCACAACUGACAGAGCCAACAAAGAGUUCACGGACGUGGUGAGCGUCAGGGUCCAGGAGGAAGCAAGGUCCAGCCAGAGAUUCUCUUUCCUUAUUCCUGAGGUCACCAAGAUAGUUCCUGAUCAGGGGCCCAAAGCUGGAGGAACCCAAGUCACCAUCAGAGGCAAAAACCUGCACAUUGGGUCUAUGGUCAGGGUCAUUGUCAAUGGCUCCAAGGACUGUACCAAUAUAAAACAGACUGAGUAUGAGCUUGUAUGUGUAAUGCCAGCCAUAAAUAUUGCUGAGACUGCCAGUUCCAUCUGUGUCCAGUUUGAGAACAGAGGCUGCAUCAGCAAGAACAUGACCUUCAAGUAUCGGGAGAAUCCAAUAAUAGACAGCAUUAGCCCGAACACCAGCUACGUCAGUGGUGGACGGAACAUCACAGUGAAAGGCCAGCGAUUCAGUUUGAUACAGAUUGCCAUCAUGGUGGUCAAAAACACUGGAACUGCUGAAUCGAGAUGUUUCAUUAUGAACGAUACAGUUCUCAUCUGCCCAUCUCCCACCUAUUCAGUUUCCACAGUGAAUGUUUAUUUCUGUAUCAAUGGGAUACUUUAUCGAGAACCUGGAACCUAUUCACAGAGUGGUAUAGGAUUCUCGAUGGAAUAUUUCAGUGACCCACAGUUCUCCCGCAAGGAAAAGUUUAUUAAACACCACAAGGGAGAGCCCCUCACUCUAGUGAUUGAGAAGACACCAGACAACUUCAACUUGGCUCCUGAGGAAUACAAAGUGAUGAUUGGCCCUUUUCCAUGUGACAUCUACAUUGUUAAAGGAAAGAUCCAUUGUACCAUGAACGUCUCAAUCAACUCUGAUGAACGUCAGUUGCCUGUCGUGAUGCAGGUGGGAAACUACAAUGUGACAAUUGCAAUGGUGCAACUGGGAGAGAGUGAGACUUCAGUUGUGAUAUCGAUCGUGGUCUGCCUGUUACUGCUGCUGGCUUGUGGCAUCGCUUUGGUCGUUUUCUGCACAAAGAGUCGACGAGCAGAACGAUAUUGGCAGAAGACCCUGAUUCAGAUGGAGGAGAUGGAGGCUCAGAUCAGGGAGGAGAUUCGGAAAGGUUUUGCUGAGUUGCAGACUGAUAUGACUGAUCUCACCAAAGAAUUAAACCGCAGCCAGGGUAUUCCCUUUCUUGAGUAUAAGUACUUCGUCAUUCGCACCUUCUUCCCAAAAUGCUCAAUUGACUGUGAAAGCAGAAGCCCCGAGUGUUUCCAUCAGCUGAAUGCUCAGUCCAGAGAAGGCACCAUCUCCAACAGCCGGCCCGAAACCCACCCCCUGCUGAUGCCGGAAUGGAAGGUCCCUGAGAACUGUCGACAAAACAUGGAGGAGGGCAUUGCUUUAUUCUCUAUGCUGCUGAGCAACAAGCACUUCCUCAUCACCUUUGUCCAUGCUCUAGAGCAGCAGAAGGACUUUGCAGUGAGAGACAGGUGUAACCUUGCCUCCUUGCUGACCAUUGCGCUGCACAGUAAGCUGGAGUACUUCACAGGGGUCAUGAAGGAUCUCCUGGUGGACCUCAUCGAUGCCUCUGCAACGAAGAACCCGAAGCUGAUGCUGCGGCGAACUGAGUCAGUGGUGGAGAAGAUGCUGACCAACUGGAUGUCCAUCUGCAUGUACAGCUUCCUCAAGGAAACAGUGGGGGAGCCUUUCUUCUUGUUGCUGUGUGCCAUAAAACAGCAAAUUAACAAAGGGUCAGUGGAUGCCAUCACUGGAAAGGCUCGAUACACCCUCAAUGAGGAGUGGCUGCUGAGGGAGAACAUCGAGUCUAAAGCGAUGAAUCUCAACGUGUCAUUCCAAGGUUGUGGUAUGGACUCCAUCAUAGUCCGAGUGAUGGACAGUGAUUCCAUCAGCCAAGUCAAAGAGAAGAUUUUGGAAGGUUUCUACAAGAACAUUCCCUUCUCUCAGUGGCCAAGAGUGGAAGAUGUGGACCUGGAGUGGUUUCCAUCAAGCAGUGACAGCCUUAUACUACGGAACUUGGACAACACUUCCAUAGUUGAAGAUGGCCGGAAGAAGCUCAACACCCUGACACAUUACAAGGUCCCUGAUGGAGCCUCAUUGGCAAUGAGCUUGAAGGAUCAGCGGGACAGCACUCUGGGACGAGUGAAAGACCUGGACACUGAAAAAUACUUCCACUUGGUGCUUCCAAAUGAUGAGCUGGUUGAACCCAGCCGCUCACACAAACAUAAACAAUGGAAGAAAGUUUUGCCGGAGAUCUACUUGACUCGACUUCUCUCCACCAAGGGCACGCUGCAGAAGUUUCUGGAUGAUUUAUUCUGUGCACUUCUUAGUAUCCAUACUGUGAAGCCCCCCUUUGCAGUGAAGUAUUUCUUUGAUUUCCUGGAGGAGCAAGCUGAGAAACGGGGAACUGCUGAUCCAGACACUCUGCAUAUCUGGAAAACUAACAGCUUGCCGCUUCGCUUCUGGGUGAACAUUCUGAAGAACCCUCAGUUUGUGUUUGACAUAGAGAAGACUGACCACAUGGACGCUUGUCUGUCAGUGAUAGCUCAGGCCUUCAUCGACGCUUGUUCCAUCUCAGACCUGCAGCUCGGAAAGGAUUCACCAACAAAUAAACUCUUGUAUGCCAAGGAAAUCCCUGAAUACAAGAAAGCGGUGCAGAGCUAUUACAAAGAAAUCCAGGAAAUGAUCACACUGAGUGAACAGGAAAUGAAUGCUCACCUGGCAGAGGAAUCCCGGAAAUACCAAAAUGAGUUUAACACAAACUUUGCCAUGGCUGAGAUCUAUAAAUAUGCCAAACGAUAUCGCAGUCAGGUAAUGAAUGCCUUGGAGUCUAACUCAAUGACCAGGCGCAUGCAAAUGCAGCACAAAUUCGAACAAGUCAUUGCACUAAUGGAGGACAACAUCUACGAGUGUUGUAGUGAGGCGUAACUCCUGAAGCCUGCUGAAUGUAUGCACCAGAACCUAUCCUUCCAACACAGAGCCUUCAAUAGAUAGUUCUCACCACAACAUGUUGCCCUUUAACAUUACCUGACAGCCUCUGUAGCUCUCAGUUGACUGGUGUGGUAGCACUGAGUCAAUGUUGGCACAUAGUUCCACGGGCUGUGGCAGCGUCUGGGGUGGGGGCUGAUUAUGAGCACUGGAAGUUCAGCAUGAGGGUGGGGGGUGGAAUAUAGAGUGAGGACUGGUGGCCCUUCAAACAGGGAGAGACCAUAGCUGUGUACUCAACGACAGGGAGGUCCACUAAGUGGUGAGAACUUGAUUGGAGAUCUGAGUUGGAGAUGAGGAAUUGCCCACAGGACUACUUCUGCAGUGAGGACUCUUGAGGAGGAGAGUUGUCAUUCGGUGGAGGACUGCAGAGCACUGGUGCCAAGAACCUUUCUUCCAGCAAUACAACUACUAAAGGAGGUUGGAGUGGAGGGUGUCUGGCACUCAACCAAAUUCUCAGGGAUUCAUUUCUGAGCUUGGGCUGGAAUCUGAAGCUGUCAUUUAUCAGUGAAGUGAUUUUGAGGUUUUGAUGUUGUGUAAUGUGUUUCUGCUGCUGACAUUGGAGCAGGAGCUCCCUUUAUCAGCAUAUGCACAGAAUGCCUUUCAUUGCCACCUUUGAGCAUCGUGGCUUCCACUGGACGUUGUUUUUUAGUUUUAUACAUAGAUCUCUCCAACUAUGCUACUAACCAACCUGGCCACAAAUGUCACCUCUGAUCCAGGCUUGUCCAACCUUGCUGCAUUCCCAUAGGGAGAUGGAAAGGGGCAGACUGACUCACGUGGCCCCCAGGAAAAAUGGGACACUUGAAGAUCAUCCUCCGUUUCUCCAUAGCAGCCUGCCACAGUGGUCAGAGGAGACAGCAGAGAGCAUGCCCCUGAUCUCUAGGCCAGGUUCUAAGCUUACAAGAUGACCAUCCUUUUUGCCAAUAUAGAUAUUUAUUUAAAAAUGUUAAUGAGAUUUUAAAUUUCUACUAACCUUUACUGAUAUUUUAGAUGAACUGGUUGUGAUGGUGGUGCUGAGGUGAGUUGCAGUGGAAUUGCACUGACGGUUGCCAGUACUGACAGCACAUGGUUGUGCUAACUCCCUGUUCUAGAUCUGUUACAGUCUUCCUCUUCUUCAACCACUGACUUGUCUGAUAGAACAUCUUGUCCUUACUUUAUGAUCCAACUGUUUGUGAUUAUCACAAGCACAGAUGGGCAUCACCAGCAGUAGGACUUGCUCUAGUUAAUGCUUCUUUAGUUUUCACUCUGUGUACAGUUGCCUCAUUAAGGCCUUAAAUGUGAAUCACCAGUGGUGAACCUUAUUAUUAAUCUUAUUAAAUAAUCUAUGUAACCAAUCCCAGCAAUACACUGCUGUCUGUAACAUUCACCAGUCCCAGCAAUGCACUGCUUUAUAGAACCAUAGAACAUUACAGCACAGAAACAGGCCUUUUGGCCCUUCUUGGCUGUGCCGAACCAUUUUCUGCCUAGUCCCACUGACCUGCACCCGGACCAUAUCCCUCCAUACACCUCUCAUCCAUGUACCUGUCCAAGUUCUUCUUAAAUGUUAAAAGUGAGCCUGCAUUUACCAUUUCAUCUGGCAGCUCAUUCCACACUCCCACCACUCUCUGUGUGAAGAAGCCCCCCCCCAAAUGUUCCCUUUAAACUUUCCCCCCUUCAUUCUUAACCCAUGUCCUCUGUUUUUCUUCUCCCCUGGCCUCAGUGGAAAAAGCCUGCUUGCAUUCACUCUAUCUAUACCCAUCAUAAUUUUACAUACCUCUAUCAAAUCUCCCCUCAUUCUUCUUUGCUCCAGGGAAUAAAGUCCUAACCUUUUCAACCUUUCUCUGUAACUCAAUUUCUCAAGUCCCGGCAACAUCCGUGUAAACCUUCUCUGCACUCUUUCAACCUUAUUAAUGUCCUUCCUGUAAUUUGGUGACCAAAACUGCACACAGUACUCCAAAUACGGCCUCACCAAUGCCUUAUACAACCUCAUCAUAACAUUCCAGCUCUUAUACUCAAUACUUUGAUUUAUAAAGGCCAAUGUACCAAAAGCUCUCUUUACGACCCUAUCUACCUGUGACUCCACUUUUAGGGAAUUUUGUAUCAGUAUUCCCAGAUCCCUCUGUUCUACUGCACUUCUCAGUCCCCGACCGUUUACCUUGUAUGUUCUACCUUGGUUUGUCCUUCCAAAGUGCAAUACUUGUCUGUAUUAAACUCCAUCUGCCAAUUUUCAGCCCAUUUUUCCAGCUGAUCCAAAUCCCUCUGCAAGCUUUGAAAACCUUCCGCACUGUCACUACACCUCCAAUCUUUUUAUCAUCAGUAAAUUUGCUGAUCCAAUUUACCACAUUAUCAUCCAGAUCAUUGAUAUAGAUGACAAAUAACAAUGGACCCAGCACUGAUCCCUGUGGCACACCACUAGUCACAGGCCUCCACUCAGAGAAGUAAUCUUCCAUUACCACUAUCUGGUUUCUUCCAUUGACCCAAUGUCUAAUCCAAUUUACAACUUCUCCGUGUAUAUCAAGCGACUGAAUCUUUCUAACUAACCUCCCAUGCGGGACCUUGUCAAAGGACUUACUGAAGUCCAUGUAGACAACAUCUACUGCUUUCCCUUCAUCCACCUUCCUGGUAACCUCUUCGAAAAACUAAUAGAUUGGUUAAACAUGACCUACCAUGCACAAAGCCAUGUUGACUCUCCCUAAUAAGUCCCUGUCUAUCCAAAUACUUGUAGAUCCUAUCUCUUAGUACUCCUUCCAAUAAUUUACCUACUACUGAUGUCAAACUUACCGGCCUAUAAUUUCCCGGAUUACUUUGCGAUCCUUUUUUAAACAACGGAACAAGAUGAGCUAUCCUCCAAUUCUCCGGCACCUCACCCAUAGAUACCGACAUUUUAAAUAUAUCUGCUAGGGCCCCUGCAAUUUCAACACUGGUCUCCUUCAAGGUCCGAGGGAAUACCCAUCAGGUGCUGGGGAUUUAUCUACUCUGAUUUGCCUCAAGAUAGCAAGCACCUCCUCCUCUUCAAUCUGUAUAGGUUCCAUGACCUCAUUACUUGUUUGCCUUAUUUCCAUAGACUCCAUGCCAGUUUCCUUAGUAAAUGCAGACGCAAAAAAAACAUUUAACCAUCAAUACACUGCUCCUCCCUGUAACGCAACGAGCAAUCCCAGCUCUGACUAUUGUUUGUAACCCAUCCACUAAUCCUGACAUCACAGUGAUCCCGAACCUAUCUAACUAUAAUGGUCUCUGUAGCCCAUCCAUAAAUCCACACUGCCCUCUGUAACCUGUACAUCAUAAGGCAAAGGAGCAGAAUUAGGCUCUUUGUAUCUGCCAUUCCUGAUGUUGCACUGCUCCCUGUAACCUGUCCAUCAGUUCAGUAUGGCACUGCUCUGUAUAGCACUAAACUUGCACCAUGCACAAAAAAGUAAGCAAUCACAACUUAUUUUCUGUGGAAAACUGAAAUUGUGCAAGCUGUACCCAGUAAAACUGAGGCCUGAGUGUAUGAGGAGGUACUUGUACUUGGGAUGAGUUACCUGAGACAUUCACUACUGAAGAGUGCUCCUGCCAUGUUCUAAAGCUCCCUCCAUUCUGCUCACCUACAAGAAGUGGCUGACCUUUGCCUGUUCAGGUUGUGGUGAUCUGCUCAGGCCAGCAGAGGUUAGAUGACCCUGGUGCUUAGUGCUCUGCCUAGGGCUCCUGCUCAGCAUGACUGGAGCAGCACCUGCAUCCUGAGAAUAGAGACCUGAUAGCAGUUAGAUUUUACUAAUGUAAUCACAAGAUCACAAGACAAAGGAGCAGAAGUAGACCAUUCGGCCCAUCGGGUCUGCUCCGCAGCUCCCCCAUGAGCUAAACUAUUCACCCAUCUAGUUCCAAUUUCCGGCUUUUUCCCCAUAUCCCUUGAUACCCUGACUAAUUAGAUACCUGUCAAUCUCCUCCUUAAACACCCUCAAUGAUCGGGCCUCCACAGCUGUAUGUGGCAACGAAUUCCACAAAUCCACGACCCUCUGGCUAAAAAAAUUUCUCCUCAUCUCUGUUUUAACUGGGUACCCUCUAAUUCUAAGACUAUGGCCUCUUGUCCUGGACCACCCACCAAGGGAAACAACCUUUCCACAUUUACUCUGUCCAACCCUUUCAACAUUUGAAAUGUUUCUAUGAGAUCCCCUCUCAUUCUUCUAUACUCUAGUGAAUACAAUCCAAGAGCCGACAAACGCUUCUCAUAUGUUAGCCCCUGCAUUCCAGAAAUCAUGCUCGUAAAUCUUCUCUGUACUCUCUCCAACAUCAGUACAUCCUUUCUAAGAUAGGGGGCCCAAAACUGCACACAGUAUUCCAAAUGAGGUCUCACUAAUGCCCCAUAGAGCCUCAUCAACACCUCCUUACUCUUAUACACUAUUCCUCUUGAAAUGAAUGCCAACAUAGCAUUCGCUUUCCUUACCGCCGAUCCAACUUGGUGGUUAACCUUUAGGGUAUCCUGCACGAGGACCCCCAAGUCCCUUUGCACUUCCAAUUUUUGAAUUUUCUCCCCAUUCUAAAUAAUAAUCUGCCCAAUUAUUUCUUCUUCCAAAAUGUACAACCGUACAUUUGUCAACGAUGUCAAAGUAAAUUUAUUAUCAAAGAAUGUAUACACCACCAUGAGAUUCAUUUGCUUCAGGCACAUGAGAAAUUAAAUACAAUAGAAUUUAUGAAAAAUAUACAUAAACAAAGACUGGCAAAUGGGAGUUAGCAUCUUUUCAGGCAGAUCAUUUGUAACUUGUCAAUGUCAAUUUCCUGGCCUCACCAACAAACCAUGUACUUCAUCUCAUUGAAUCUAAUUUUAAGCUCUCACAUCUUAAGUACAUCAACUAGCAAAGGUGGCAAAUCGAGUGUCUCAUUACCACAAGGCAAUCUGUGCGCAUCCCAUGAUCUUUGUGGUGAGUUGAAGUGGUAUGCAGGCUUGAAUGUGACUGCAACAGCCACAGCACACCAAAGUGCAUCACAACCAAAUGUGAGGGAUUGCACAGUCUUUAGUAUGUUACAUGCCUUUUGUUUUAAUA